UAGGAUAGAAGCUCUUAGAAUUCAAGAUCAAGAUCAAUUCACUUCCAAUAGCAAAGCAACAGUUUAAAAGUUCCAGCAUUGAUUUAUAUAUUGAAUGCCGCCCAAGUUAAAAGAAAAGAAAACAGAAAAAGAACCACUGACGUUCCACAUGUAUGAAGCGGUUCCAACUUUUUAAGAAUCGUUGAAUUUGUCGAUUUGUUGAAAGGAAUGUGUAUGUAUAAUACAAAACAUGUAUCGCUAUCUGUUAGUAGUAUCUCUCUCAAUCUUAUUGACAUGUACAUUAUCGUUAAAUUCAAAAGACAAUUCAAUUUAUAUCAGGAAUAGAAAAGGUAAAGCAAGGAUACCAACCAAAGAACACGGUCAAGGCGAUCUAUAUUUGCCAGAAAAGCAGGGACAUAAACGAACUCUGAAAGUGUUUGAAAAAGAAACUGAGUCAGUUCCCUACAUCGUUCUGCCACCUGACAAUUCGCUUCCAGAGAYAAACAAGGAAGUCAAAAAGAUGGUAACUKCCGAAAUACCCACUGUGUAUGAACAACCCACACAUYCACCUAUUCCUCCRACGACAGUUGCCACCACCUUAAAACCAUCGACUCAAAAACCAAUCAAUAUUAACAUCGUUAUGCCUACAGCUGCCCCAGUAAAGCACCAGACACCAUUAUCUGGUUCUCAAACUGAAAAACAAAACACCACAACGAUAAAUUUGAAUUUGAAUCUUGGAGGCACCGAUACCGUUAAAGAGCAGAGUCRCCCAAUCAUUCUUCAGCUGCCUCCGACUCAAAGGAUUGUAGUUCCACCACCGACUCAACAAUUGCAAGCUCAAGUAAAUCCUAACAACUAUCCAAUUGGUCAAGUAAAUCCAAAUACAUUGACGUCAUCGCAACUUACCAAACCACUCUUGGGUUUACAAAAUGCAGGUUUACAAGGAACUUUACAGAGUUUGGUAARUUCUGGAAUGCCUGUUAACUAUCCAGGAAUCAACACCCAGUCUCCACUUAUAGGAAGUAAUACCAAUUUUCCUGGAAUAGGUAGUACACUUCCUGGAAUUAAUGGUAUCAUUCCUGGGGUUACCACAGGGAUCAAUAGCAACUUUCCACCUGCUAACUAUCCAGGAAUCAACACCCAGUCUCCACUUAUAGGAAGUAAUACCAAUUUUCCUGGAAUAGGUAGUACACUUCCUGGAAUUAAUGGUAUUAUUCCUGGAGUUACCACAGGGAUCAAUAGCAACUUUCCACUUCCUGGAGUAAACAGCAAUUUUCAAGGAUAUCCAGCAAAUAGCUACAAUCCUCAAAUGGUCCAACAACUYUCAUCUGUAAUUUCGGAAUCAAUUAAGUCCUCUUUGGCWUUGUCACAACCGGAUCUWAUUGCGUCUGCUCUUCAAAAAUUGGCCAUCCAAACUCAAAAUCAAAAUCAACCCGAGCGGUUGCUAUCAACUGCACUAACACAAGCGCUAGCUAAAACUGUCGGCGAAAGUAGUGACACAUCGCAGGAGCAAAAACUAGUUAAUUCACUCGCUACUGCACUURGUAUGUUAMGAAAUGGUGSAGCYACACUYGSAACGGGAACUGGAGCUACACCAGUAACAGGAGCAUCUUAUCCAUCUUUAACUUCUCCUAGUGGAACACCUUUAAAAGUAGAGGUUGUAAAUCUUCCACAGCAAUACGUGGCAAGUCAAGCUCCCCCUUUGACGGRAAAGUUUCAAGCCCCUUACAGUAUUCCUGUAGCUCAGCCUGCAGCACCACCACCAUCAAUAAGUUCUGACGAUAUUCAGAAAAGCAGYGUUGGAAAAAUURCAGCUAAUACUCUUGGUAAAGCCAUGGCAAAAGCGUUAGUAAGUACAGCUAAAAAGAUCGUAUCAGGUGUACAAAGAGAUAGAAUAUUGAAAUUCAAAGAAGUUGAAAAACUAUCGAAAAGUCUCAAUCAAUUCUUUAAGGACAGUCUUUAUAAGCGCAAAAACUCGUCAAGAUUUAAUAAUCUCGGCCACRGACCUUUUAUUMGAAAAUAUUUAAGAGAUCAUUCCAAGAAUUGCUGUUGUUGUUGCAUGGGAAAUUGA